CUUUCCCCCGCAGCAUUGCGGUCUUGGGUCCCGGGGCGCCCUCCCCCCCGCCCCGGUCCCAGACUGGGCCCGGCCGCAGCCCAUGGAGUCCCAGUGCGACUACUCGAUGUACUUCCCCGCGGUGCCGCUGCCCCCCCGGGCGGAGCUGGCCGGGGAUCCGGGCCGCUACCGGGCUCUGCCGCGGAGGAACCACCUUUACCUGGGGGAGACGGUGCGCUUCCUGCUGGUGCUGCGCUGCCGAGGGAACGCCGAGGCUGGUGCUGGGGGCGGGCCCGGGGCGCUCCCCGGAGGCACCUGGGCCGAACUAGCCGCGGCCCUGGCCGCACUGGCCUCGGUCAGCGCCGGAAGUGGGGCAGCGGGCUCCGCAGACCUGGACGGGCAAUGCUCCGGGGCUGCGGGGCUGUUCUCGGACUGCAGCCCCCUUCUCACCCAUGGCCCUGGCCCUGCCACAGGCGGUGGAACAACCAUGUUGCCUAUGGAAGAACCAAUUGUGUCCACAGAUGAAGUCAUCUUCCCACUAACCAUUUCACUGGACAAACUACCCCCAGGCACACUUAAGGCCAAGAUUGUAGUUACUGUGUGGAAAAGGGAGGUUGAGACAGCAGAGGUCAGAGAUCAUGGCUACCUGAGAUUGCUGCAGACCCGGGCCCCUGGGGAGACAUUCCGAGGGGAGCAAAAUGCAUUCAAGGCCCAAGUGAGUACCUUGCUGACCCUACUGCCCCCUCCGGUUCUGAAAUGUCGACAAAUCACUGUGGCUGGAAAACACCUGACAGUGCUCAAGGUGCUGAAUAGUUCCUCACAAGAGGAAAUUUCUAUCUGGGACAUCCGAAUUCUCCCAAACUUCAAUGCCAGUUAUCUACCUGUCAUGCCUGAUGGUUCUGUGCUGCUGGUGGACAAUGUCUGUCACCAGUCUGGGGAGGUCUCCAUGGGCUCCUUUUGUCGUCUCCCUGGUUCUUCUGUCUGCUUCCCAUGCCCCCUUAGUGCUCUGGAGGAACAUAACUUCCUGUUCCAACUGAGGGCAGGUGAACAACCCCCUCCAAAAGGCCAGGAGGGUCUAGAGGUAUCUCUGGUUGCUAUAGUUCAGUGGUCUACACCUAAGUUACCAUUUACCCAGAGCAUCUACACCCACUAUCGGCUGCCUAGUAUCCGCUUGGACCGUCCAUGUUUUGUAAUGACUGCCUCAUGUAAAUCUCCCGUGCGAGUUCACGAGCGUUUUACUGUUACCUAUACACUGCUCAACAAUUUACAGGACUUCCUUGCUGUUAGGCUUGUCUGGACCCCAGAGAAUGCACAAACUGGAAAGCAGCUAUGUGAAGAAGAGCGCCGGGCUAUGCAGGCUGCCUUGGACUCUAUUGUUUGUCACACACCUCUCAACAAUCUCGGUUUCUCCAGAAAGGGUACUGCGCUCACUUUCAGUGUGGCCUUCCAAGCCCUAAGGGCUGGACUCUUUGAGUUGAGCCAGCACAUGAAGCUGAAGUUGCAGUUUACUGCCAGUGUAUCCCACCCCCCUCCUGAGGCCCGGCCUUUGUCACGAAAGAGCAGUCCUAGCAGCCCUGCUGUUCGCGACUUCAUGGAGAGACAUCAGGGUAGUCUGGGCCGGUCCCAGUCCUUCUCCCACCAGCAGCCCUCCCGAAGUCACCUCAUGAGGUCAGGCAGUGUGAUGGAACGCCGGGCCAUCACGCCUCCUGUGGCCUCCCCAGUAGGCCGUCCCCUCUACUUGCCUCCGGAUAAGGCCAUGCUCUCUCUGGACAAGAUUGCCAAGCGUGAGUGCAAGGUCCUGGUGGUUGAACCUGUCAAGUAGGGAAAGCUGGAUCCCUAUUCCCUAUUCAAACGCUCCUAGAAAUUGGAAACCCCCUGGAAGGGGUCCUCAUUUUGUGGCUGCUGCCUCUCCUGGGAUGCCCUGUGGAACAUGUGGGAGAUAAUGUAGCUGUCUGUCUGUGUCUGCUGUUGAAAGGAAAGGGUUUAAGUUGAAUUGGGAACUAGGGCUGGGGGAAAAAAAAAGCCAACAGUAUUUCCUUAUGUUCUUGUCUGGGAGGGCUGGUCCCAUCCCCAGUUUUGUUCCCCACUCUCCCUUACCCCCCUUUCUGGUUCUAAGUUUACAAAAUAUUUUCUUAUGCCUAUGACAUUCCCCUCCCCCAACCAGCAGGGGCGAAUUUGGAAAAUGGUAAUGAUUCAGUGGAUCUCAACGGUUGCCCCCUUCCUCAGACUCAGGUGGGGGGGGGCGGCAAUGUUAUGUUUCCCUCCGCUCCCCCAAUUCAUGUUUAUAUCCUGAAGCACUUUAAUUUAAAGGUUUUUGUCUGUCUGUGUAAUUUCUUCAUGUCUCCUCCUACUGCUUCCAACUGAAUUGAGACCAUUAAAUGUCUGCCCAGGAGGAAGGAGAAAUUAA